AUGGAACAAAUUAUUGAUUACAACUCUAAUUUUAUAGGUAGCUUUAGUAAUAUUUGUGAAGAAUUUAAGAAGAAUAGUAAUGUUUUUAAUUAUAACGUUGUAAGCAUAUUAGGAAGUCAAAGUACUGGUAAAAGUACAUUACUAAAUUUAUUAUUUGGUACAAAUUUCCAAGUACUAGAUAAGAUUAAUUCUGGAUACUGUCAAACAACGAAGGGAUUGUGGAUAAGUAGUAACUAUAAGGUAAUUGAUAACUCUAUUAAUAGUAAAAGUCCACUUUUAAUUUGGGAUGUUGAAGGUACAGAUAGUUUGGAACGUGGUGAAGAUAGAUUAACAUUUGAACAUAGAGCAGCACUUUAUUCGCUUGCAAUAUCAGAUUGUUUAAUAUUGAAUAUACCAUUAAUGAAUCUAACGACAUUUAGCUCAUCUAAUUUUGGUUUACUUAAGGUAAUUAUAAAUGCAUGGUUUAAUCUGAAAUUCGAAGAUAAUGGAAGAAGUGAAAGGACUAAAACAACUCUUUUAUUUACUAUUAGAGAUGUGAGCUGUUCAGAUAAACAAGAAAUGCUAGAAAAUAAAAUUAAUCAAACAAUUUCAUUAUUAUGGGAUAAUAUAUUGAAGGAAAAUAGAAAUAAUAAAUUAAACUUAAAUACCCAAUAUAAAGAUAAUACCUAUAACUUAGAUUCUAUAAGUGAUAUUUUUGAUAUAAGGGUUUAUGGAAUACCUUCAUAUCCAAUUGAUAACAAGGGUUUUGAAAUUACUAUUGAAAAGAUCCGUAACGACUUAUUUAAUGAAAUUCUUCCAAGUAAAUACAGCAGAGGAAUUCCAAAUGAUGGUUUUGCAUACUAUUGUGAAUCUAUUUGGAAGGUAAUAGUUGAAUGUGAAGAAUUGAAUAUUCCUUCUCAAAUACAGCUUUUAUCUCAAUAUCGUUGUGAAAAUGUGAAAUGUGAUAUUGCAGAACAUUGUGAAGAAGAGAUUCAAAGUUAUUCUAAUAUAAUGGAGAAAGGAAAGAUUUCAUCUAAAGAAUUUGCAACAUUAACAUUUAGAAUACUUCAUUCUAAUUUAGAGAAAUAUUUUGAAGUAGCAGCUAGAUAUUAUUUACAAACAGCUCAAGAAAUAGGAGUAUGUUUAACUCAGAUAAUAUUUUAUGAAUUCCAGAAAUUGAUUGAAAAACGAGCAGCAAAAGAACGAUAUUUACUUAAUUCUGAUGGAGAUAAUAUUGAUUCCCUUGAAGAAUCCAAAUUUAACAUGACUUCUUGGAUUCAGGAGAAAAUGAAGAGAUUUGAUUUAUUUUUAUUAGAAUGGACAACUGAAUUUUCACCUCUGAUUAACCAAUUUAAAAUUACAAAUAUGGUUAUUGAUUGUUGUGUUCCGGAUAUAAUAUUAAUUAAGGAAUCUUCUGAAGGAAAUAAGAUUAUUGUAAAUUACAAUAUUUCAUCCCAACGUGAUCUAUAUAAUGAAACACUUGAAUUAUAUGCUCAUAAAAUACAUCAAAAAGCUAUACAAGAGUUUUUUGAAAUUCUCUUAAAGGAUAUUAUUAAAGGAAUCACUCCACUAGUAUCAGAAUAUAUUAUGACAAAUUCUAAUAUGACUCCAUCACAAUACUGGGAUAAAACAAAAAUUUCAAUGAGUGAUCUUCAUAAUAUUUUAGUUUUAAAGUUUCAAUCAAAAUGGGGUGAAUUAUUUACAAAUUUAAAUGAAUAUACAAACCAAGCUGAUAAAUAUUUGAAGAUUAAUCAAGAAGUAGCUUUACAAUUACUAAUUCAAUUUAAAGUUUUGUUGGAACAACAAUCUAAAUUUUUUCAUCUUUAUGCAAUACAAAGGUUUAAAAAGAUUUUUGAAUUAGAUAAGGAUGGUAUACCUAGACAAUGGAUUGGUGAAAACCCUGAGAAAAUUAAACAAUACUAUAUUGAAUCUAAGUCGAAUGCAAUAUUAAUAUUUGAUAUUAUUAAGAAACCUGAAAUUGAUCAAUUUUUCAAUUCAAUAGAAAAUCUUGAUACUAGAAUAGCAGAUGAAAAUAUAUCUUUUGAUCUUGAUACCUCAGAAAUUCCUGAAUUAGAAGCUAGGGCUAUAGAAGAAAUGGCAAAUAUAUGUGCAAAAGCUCAACUACUCCAAUCUACAGGAUCUCAACCACAGUAUAUUCCAUGGUGGAUCUAUCUCUUGUUAAUUAUUCUUGGCUUUGAUGAAUUUACUUACAUAAUAUCUUCUCCUAUUCUCCUUACUUUUAUAUUACUAUUUUUCACUUCAACAUAUGCCUAUUUUACGGGGAAUUUCUUUAUAUUUCUUCAAAUUGGCCAUAAGCUUAUUGCUUCUACAAGUAAAAUUCUACAUGGAGCAACUGGAGUAAUAUCAUCAGCUCUAAAUUCUAAUGAUAUAAAUGGUAGAUAA